UCAAUCCCCAGUACUGAAAGAAAUAUUUUAAAUGUUCUUAACUUCUAAGCAAUAAGUACUCAAAGCAUUGGGUAUUUGAUUAGCUUGAUUUAGUAUUUCUAUAAUGUACACUUAUAUUAGAGCAUCACAUUGUGCUCCAUAAAUAUCUACAAUUACCAUUUCUCAAUUAAAAAUUUUAAGUAUACAAGAAAACCGGGAAGAAAGGGGGCUGGGGAGUUAAAGCUGGCUGAGGUCUGUGGCAGGGCUGAGGUCUGUUGCAGGGCUGAGGCCGGAGGUGGCAAAAACCAGGUGAGAGCCCAGUGCAGGCAGCAGGUACCCUGGGCAAGGCCUGGGGAGCUGAAGGCAAGAAAAACAACUUGGAGGGAGGGGAGGGGUGCCCCACAAAACUGAGGGUCAUCAUGAGGUCAAGGGAUCCUCUUUCUUUGAUGUGGAAACAAGGACAACCCUUGAGCAUGGGUAGGAUUGGAUUUCAAGCCAGGAGAGGCAGAGGGGUUGCUGAACUGUUCUUGCACCUCAGAGGGGACUAGAUUUCCGGGCCAUAGAUUGCAGGCCCCUCCUCCUAUACCCACUCCUCCCUGCACCCCGCAACUCCCAUGUGCCUUUCCCCUCCUCCCAAUGUGCACCCAGCUCCCCUACUUCCUCCCUCCACCUUCCUUCCCUCCUCACAUAGCCCUACCGCCUUCUUCCACGCGCUCCCCAUUUCCACCCUUUUCGUCACCUCUGGCCCUCCUGCCUCCUCACCUUCGUGCAGGACCACAUGAUGGUGUCACAGGGCUCUGUGGCCCCGAGGGCACAGCCAGCGCCAGCAGCCACAGACCAAGCCAGCGGUACUCAUCAGGACUCCCAGGAGAUCCCUGUGAUGCCUCUACGCUCCGACUCAGUGGCCAGGUGUGGUGGCCCUGUCCCCAGUCCUCUCGGGUUUCCCUGAGCCCCCUACCCCAUGCUGGAGCCUCCAUGGCAGCCAUGGCGCCAGAGGGCUGGCGGCGGCCACAGCGGGUGAGCAUGCAGGAGCAUAUGGCCAUCAACGUGAGCCCGGGCCCCAUUCGGCCCAUCCACCUCAUCUCUGACUACUUCCCCCACUUCUACCCUUUUGCUGAGCCCGUGCCUCGCACCCCUGACCUGCUCCCAGCUGCAGCCCCAGCCAACCGCUCCACACCCCAGCGGCAGCAUGACCCAGAGCCAGAGGCAGACUCGGAUGACAGCACUGCCCUGGGGACCCUUGAAUUCACACUUCUUUUUGAUGCGGACAACAGCACACUGCACUGCACAGCCCAUAGGGCCAAGGGCCUCAAGCCACCUGCUUCAGGCUCUGUGGACACCUAUGUCAAAGCCAAUCUGCUGCCAGGAGCAAGCAAGGCCAGCCAGCUUCGGACCCGCACCGUUCGGGGCACGAGGGGACCUGUCUGGGAGGAGACACUCACCUAUCAUGGUUUCACCCACCAGGAUGCUGGCCGCAAGACCCUUCGGUUGUGUGUGUGUGAGGACCCAAGGCUUCGGCGACGCCGGCAGGCGCCUCCCCUGGGGGAGCUCCGGUUUCCCCUGAGGAAGCUGGUGCCUAACCGAGCCCGGAGUUUUGACAUCUGUCUGGAGAAGCGGAGGCUGACCAAGAGGCCCAAGAGCCUGGACACAGCCCGAGGCAUGUCCCUGUAUGAGGAGGAAGUAGAGGCCGAGGUGGCUGGGGAGGAACGUGGGCGCAUCCUGCUGUCUCUAUGCUACAGCUCCCAGCGGGGUGGCCUGUUGGUGGGUGUGCUGCGCUGUGCCCACCUGGCCCCCAUGGAUGCUAAUGGCUACUCUGAUCCUUUCGUCCGCCUUUUCCUGCAUCCAAACUCAGGCAAGAAAUCUAAAUACAAGACCAGUGUUCGGAGGAAGACCUUGAACCCUGAGUUUAAUGAGGAAUUCUUCUACGCAGGCCCUCGUGAGGAGCUGGCUGAGAAGACGCUACUGGUGUCUGUGUGGGACUACGACCUGGGCACAGCUGAUGACUUUAUUGGUGGGGUACAGAUGAGCAGCCAGGCCAGUGGAGAGCGCCUGCACCAUUGGCAGGAGUGCCUGGGCCGCAGUGACUGCCGGCUGGAGCUAUGGCACCCGCUGGACGGUGUAGCUCCCCAGCUCGGCAACUAGCCAGCGGGCCUGGCUUGUGACCUCUACUCAUAGCAGCCAGGAUGACCCCGGAGCUGGCAGGAGUAGCCAAGCCUCCCCAGCUGUUAUGUCCACAUUUUACCUUUCCUGUCCCAAGUUUCACCUUCACCCAUUCCAAAUUAUGAAGCCAAAAUAAAUAUCUUCUUCUGGCCAGACCAGAGCCUGUCCUUUCUCUGG